AUGGCAAGCCAUCCAACGCACAGCGGUGUUCAACCCACCGCAGUCUCAAACGCCGCUCAAUCUCACCCUUACACCUGCAAUACUUGUCAGGUGGCGUUCAGAAACAGCGAUCUGCAGCGCGGGCAUAUGCGGAAUGAUUGGCACCGAUAUAAUCUCAAGCGCCGAGUCGCCUCCUUACCACCCCUCUCUUCAGAAGUAUUCGCGGAAAAGGUCCUCAACGCACAAGCAUCUUCUUCUGCUGUGGCUGCCAAAGCAUCCUUCGAGAAAAUAUGUACAGCCUGCCAGAGGACAUAUUACAGCGAAAACGCAUACCAAAACCACCUUGGUAGUCAGAAGCACCGACUUCGCUCAGCAGUACUGGCCAAAGAUGGAAAACCAGCAGUUGACGACGAAACUGCGUCAGUGAUGAGCUCCACGAUCUCCUUGGGUGAACCGAUAAACACAGCUCCAGCAGAUGACAUCGCUGAACCACCCGCGGGACCAAUUGAUCUAGAGGCUGAGGCAGAAUUUUCGAAAGUUGUCAAUGGGAUCAAAGAGACUAGCAUCACCGAGAGCGAGCCUGUCUCACGUCGCCCCUCAAGACCACACCAUUCGUCAAACGAACAGCGAACAGAGCAUCCAUUAUCACCACAGAAAGACGUGGAUAGCCCUACAGCAUCCAUCACCAAAGCAGCAUCACCUGCGGCUGCCGUUCCUCUGAAUCGUUGCUUAUUCUGCAACUAUGACUCGCCUAAUCUCAAGCUCAGUGUGAUGCAUAUGAGCAAAUAUCAUGGUAUGUUCAUUCCGGAACGAAAUUACCUGAUCGAUCUUGAUGGUCUCAUUACUUGGUUGCGUGGCAAGAUUUUCGAGCUCCAUGAAUGUUUGUACUGCCAUAAAUUCAAAGCAUCUGCGGAAGGGAUCCAGACUCACAUGAGGGACAAGGGACAUUGCAUGAUAGCGUUCGAGUCCGAGGAAGAUAUGAUCGACGUAGGGCAAUACUAUGACUUCAGAAGUACAUACUCGGAUCAAGAAGACAGCGACGAUGAUAUGGAGGACAUCAGCGAAAAAACUCAAGGUGGUGUCAAGGUCGACCCUCGGAAGGUCCUCAAGACAGUUAUCAGUGAUGCCGACGGAGACCAGGAGAUGGAAGAGGGCGCGGAGAAUGCUGAAGGUUGGGAGACAGAUAGCUCGGCAUCAUCAUUGGACUCAGCGGAUCUCACUGCUGUACCAAUAGAAGAUCACCAGCAUGCUUAUGAGCGGUUACCCAUGCACCGACAUCAUACUCACAACGAUCCAAGGCCCCAUCGUGCGAUCGAUGGCUUUCAUUCGCACGCGCACUCUCAUCAUGCAGCCUUCCAUUCCGACUAUGAGCUUCACCUACCUUCUGGCCGUACUGCCGGUCAUCGCUCUCUAUCCCGGUACUAUCGCCAAAACCUACAUACCCACCCUACACCAAGCGAGCGAGUUGAGCAGCGUAUGCUCGAGGAUGCGGCUUCAGGCUCGGAUCAUGAUCAACAGAUGAUCGAAGGAAGAGCCAGAGGCAGGCAGGUCAUCACCAGGGCCAAUGGCGGAGAAGGCAUGCUUGGCGUGACCGACGCAAAGAAGAAGGAGGUGCAGGCCGUCGAGAAGAGAGACACAAAGCGUGCGCAGAGAUCACAAAAGCAAUAUCAGUGGGGAAUCGACAAAAGGGGGAACAGUCAAAAGCACUUCCGUGACCCAUUGUUGCAGUGA